GCCACUGGUCGUCGGUCUUCGGGCGACCCAACAAAAGGUGCCACGCAACUUACUCUUAUCCAAAAGAAAGGUGGCAACGAAUGGCGGCCCUGCGGUGACUUUAGAGAAUGGUUCCAGACAGAUAUCAUCUGCCACCUGUUGUGGGCGUCGCUUUACUUCAAAGAGCAGAAACAUUUUCUCCAAAAUCACAUUGCCAAGUUGGCUGUCAUCAACCCUUUCGGUUGGUUCGAAUUUGACAGGAUGCCGUUUGGGCUUAGAAACGCCGCACAGACGGGGUCACUCAGAGUUGGGAAGGAGUUUUUUGUCUACAUUCACGAUAUAGGAGUUGUUAGUGUCGAUAUGGAAUGGCACAAACAGCGUUCUGUUGCACUG